AUGAAUCAUGAAAUAGAACUUCAUGAUAAUGAAGAACUAACUGAUGAUAUCAUUGCUCGCAUUUUACAAUGUAUAACAGCUGAUCAUUUUAUGAAUUUAGCUAUAUCAAAUGGACCACUCAGAGCUGGCUAUCAAAUUAUUUCUGCUUUCCCUCAAACAUCUAAUGAACCAGUCAUAGCACGUAUAUUUCGUACAUCCUCACUAUGUUCAAAUGACCAAAUGCCAAAAUAUGUUUUCUUUAAUGAGUUACUAAAUCUCAACGGAACUAACUAUAUCACAGUUUUAUCUUCAAGUGAUCUCCAUUGGUUACAAUCUGUUUCUCGACAAUGGUUUACUGCUGUGAAUGGAGAUAAUUUACAUGCAAUUUCUUAUGAAAAUUGUGUAUUGGAAAAUAUCGGCGCAACUCUACUACGAGCAGUUGUUGGUAAACGAAAUUGUAAUUUGAAUAAGCUUGAAGAAACAACUCAAGCUGUUAUUGAUGUUGAUUAUAGAGAAUCAAGGUUAACAAUCUGGGCACGUAAAGUUAAUUUAGAAAAAGCAAAAAAUUUUAUUGAAGAAAUGAUUCAAAAAGAGAAACAAAAAUUACUCGUAGAAACUGAAGAAAUACAAAUCAUAGGAAGAACUCGAAUUUUAAUGGGCGCCGGAGGUGUUACUCAAAUGAUUCUUCUUGAACGUGAUUAUAUUAGAAUCAUAUUGACAAAAUUACCGACAACAAUAGCGGAAGAGAGAAUUCGAGAUUUGUGUGAACCAUUUGGAAAGAGUAAGUAUGCAAUUAUUUUCAAUGUUCCUUGUCCAAAAAACGUUUUUCUUUUAUUGAAAUGA